AUGAAAGGUUUUCUCCUAGAAAUGAAACAAAUUUUCAAACCUAAUAUCUCCAAUGGAGACCUUUAUAGAGAUGAUCAAGAGGGGAGCUCAAGUACUACUAUGUCAGGAAAUGGUGAUACCAUGAUCCAAACCUCCGGUUUUCACAGAUUUUUACAUGCCAAAUAUCUCAACCCCGCUCGGGCGAUUUUGGCUGAGAUGGUGGGGACUUUUAUUUUAGUGCUUUGCAUCAGUGGGAUCACAGCUAGCACUAAUCUAAGAGGAGUUAGAGCAGUACUGCUAGAGUAUGCCACAACAGCAGGGUUAACAAUUGUUGUUCUCAUUUACUCCAUAGGAUCCAUAUCUGGUGCUCAUGUUAACCCUGCACUCACCAUAGCCUUUGCUGCAUUUGGCUAUUUUCCCUGGUCAAGGGUACCACUUUACAUAUUGGCACAAAUUCUGGGUUCAAUUAUGGCAGCAUUAAUGGGAGAGUUUAUCUAUGGCAUAAAAUCGGAUGUUAUGACAACCCGGCCUGGCCAAGGCUGCCAAGCCGCCUUCUUGGCGGAGCUCAUCGCUGAUUUCAUCGUUGUGUUUGUGAUUGCAGCGGUGACACAACAAGCACGUUCAGUUGGUCCACUGUCUGGACUGGUUAUUGGAAUGUCCAUUGCGCUAGCAGUCCUCAUCACAGGGCCUAUCUCGGGAGGAUCACUCAACCCAGCAAGGUCAUUGGGACCUGCAAUUGUUUCAAGGAAUUUCGAUAGAAUCUGGAUAUAUCUGACGGCACCUGUAAUCGGAGCUCUUUUAGGGGCUCUCAUGUAUCGAGUUCUGCGUCUCAGACCCAUCUCAUAAGCAGAUUGAGUUUAUGAGGAUUUUGAUUUUGUUUGGUGAAUAUAAAGGAAUCAUGCAGCACCAGUAUAUUUAUGGAUGUCAAAUUUGCGUUAUUAUCACUUAUCAGUACUUCCAUAUUAAUAUAAUGCUAAUUAUAAAGCUGGACUUACUCAAAUAGGGGUGAUAAAAUAUCGAAUCUGGCUGCCACUGGUACGUAGGCAACAAGUUUCGCUCGGCUUUACUAGUUUUUAAUGUUA